CCGUGGCGGCUCGCCGAAUGUGCUUUGAGUAACUUCCGCUGCUCCGAUGCUCUUCGUCCAUCGAAGCCGUCUAACGAUGCAGGCUUCCGGAGAAGAUGAGCGAGAUUCACCGGACAGCGGCGGUCAGAAUAUCUGCGCAGGAGCUUUGACUCCGACAUUCGACUUCUUCUGCUCUCAGAGGAGCUGCGAAUUCCGCUCAGCAAAAAGAUCAGCGGUCAUGCUCCAUAUAAGAGCGAAGCACGGUCUGUGUUCUGCGAGCGCCCUCCGCAGGUGUCCACACUGCGAUCACGUAACGGCGCAUGUGUCCAAUCUUCGCACUCACAUUUUAGCUCGUCACUCUUUGCAACGUCCCUGGCUCUGCGACAAGUGUGGGAGAAAAUUCGCCGAUAAAAGUUAUUACAACGCUCAUAUGAAGCGACAUCGUAAGGAGUUCCGAUACAAAUGUUCGUCGUGUGACUCUUGUUUCCUCCUCCCAUCUCAUCUCCGUGCUCAUGUUGAAUCCCGUCACCAUGAAUUGAAUCUCGGGAAGGAUGCUCGCAACCCCCAACUCCUGCGUUCAUGUGACGCUGGCGAUGGAUGCGGGGCCGAAGGAUUCUCGGAGCUCGUGAGAUCUAAUCGAAACAUGGUGCCGGUUCGAGACCAUGACUACUAUCAGGUAGCCGCACCAGCGAAACAACAGGCGUUAGUGGACAUACUGGAAUGUAUCGAGUGCUCCUCCUUCUUUGCUUCCUUCGAAUCUCUGAGGGCGCAUACGCAUGCUCGGCACAGAUCAGUCGCCCCUUGCGAGUCACGAGUGCUCCGAAUGAAGGAAUCCGUUCCGCAAUGAACGCAGAUUCCAGGGCGUCAAACUCGACAUGACGGUGGGGGGCCUGACAGCAUUCGUUCCUCUGCAGCUCCUCAUGGUCGUAUUGGGUAGGGAG